UGCUACGUGGUUGUGCAUGCGCAUUGCAGACGACAACAUGGCAAGGGAAGCUGAUGUAGAUGAGCUCUUCGAAAUCAAAACUUCUUUAUACACUGGAAAUUACCAGCAGUGUAUAAAUGAAGCCCAGAAGCUCAAACCCUCACCCCAACUGAGAGAGGAAAGAGAUGUUAUAAUGUACAGAGCUUACAUAGCCCAAAGGAAGUACGGUGUUGUGUUGGAUGAAAUAGGUGCCUCCUCCCCUCCCGAGUUACAGGCAGUCAAAAUGUAUGCAGACUAUUUGGCCAAUGAUACAAAAAGGGACUCUAUUGUCAGAGAUCUUGACAAGCAGAUGAGUGGAAAUGUGGAUUUGACUAACAGCACAUUCCUUCUUAUGGCAGCAUCCAUAUAUAUUCAGGAACAGAAUUUUGAUUCUGCUCUACGGACACUUCAUUCAUCAGAUAAUUUAGAGUGCAUUGCCACUAUGAUACAGAUCUACCUGAAAAUUGAUCGAGUUGACCUAGCAAAGAAAGAGUUGAAGAGGAUGCAGGAAACGGAUGAUGACAACAUCCUCACUCAAAUGGCCCAGGCUUGGUUUAAUCUUGCUGUGGGAGGUGAAAAGUACCAGGAUGCCUACUACAUUUUCCAGGAGAUGGCGGACAAGCAUGUGUCCACCCCUCUCCUCCUCAAUGGUAUGGCCGCUUGUUACAUGGCACAAGGGAGGUUUGAUGAUGCUGAGGGGGCACUACAGGAAGCCAUGGAUAAGGACAGCAACAAUCCAGAGACCUUGGUAAACAUGGUGGUGCUUUCACAGCAUUUAGGAAAACCUCCUGAGGUUAGCAAUCGUUAUAUUUCUCAGCUGAAAGAUUCACAUAGGAGCCAUCCAUUUGUGAAGGAUUAUCUCCAAAAGGAAAAUGAAUUGGACAGAUUAGUAAAGAAUUAUGCUCCAUCAGUAUCAGCAUAGGGACAAAGUCAAAGUUAAUGGAACUAUUAGAGUGUAUACAGCAGCAAAUCUGUGUUCGCACUUAUUGUAUUAUAAUAUUUUGGACACUGUAUGUCAUUGGUCUUGUUAUUUCUGAUAUCUUUUCUGUAACAAAGCUUCUAGGACAAGAUUGGAAAGAGAGAGUCUGGAUCUUAACAAAAUCAUGCUAUAGUCACUGGGAAGAAAUGUUGAAGAAAAUGAAAGUUGUCAUGUAUUUAUAAUGUAAGGAAUGAGGGAUUUUCAAGAGUAUCUAUACUUUAUAUUUAAAAAAAAUAAAAUUAUGUAGAUAACUAUUAU